ACCACCACCACGCUCCUGCCGGCCACCGCUCCUUAUAUUCCGAGGCCGGCCGGAGACCCCCUGCUCAUUUUCCCUCUGCCCCUCCCCCUCCUCCUCCUCGAGCUGAGCUGAGCUCGCGCUCGCGGGGAACGAGCGAACCAUGGAGCCGGCGACGAUGGCGUGGACGGCGGGGCUGCUGGGCGCCGGCCUGGUCUACUGGUUCGUGUGGGUGAUGGGCGCGGCGGAGGUGAAGGGGAAGCGGGCGGUGGAUCUCAAGAUGGGAUCCAUCACGCGGGACAAGGUGCAGGACAAGUACACGCAGUACUGGUCCUUCUUCCGCCGCCCCAAGGAGACGGCCACCACGCAGGCCUCCGCCGACAAGGUGCCCGCCUUCGUCGACACCUUCUACAACCUCGUCACCGACAUCUACGAGUGGGGCUGGGGCCAGUCCUUCCACUUCUCGCCCUCCCUCCCGGGCCGCUCCCACCGCGACGCCACCCGCGUCCACGAGGAGCGCGUCGCCGACCUGCUGGGCGCCGAGCCGGGCCACCGCGUGCUCGACGUCGGCUGCGGCGUCGGCGGGCCCAUGCGCGCCAUCGCCGCCCACUCCGGCGCCCGCGUCGUCGGCAUCACCAUCAACGAGUACCAGGUGAACCGCGCCCGCGCCCACAACCGCAAGGCCGGGCUGGACGCGCAGUGCGAGGUGGUGUGCGGCAACUUCAUGGCCAUGCCCUUCGACGACGCCUCCUUCGACGGCGCCUACUCCAUCGAGGCCACCUGCCACGCGCCCAGGCUGCAGGACGUGUACGGGGAGGUGUACCGCGUGCUCAAGCCGGGCCGCCUCUACGUGUCCUACGAGUGGGUCACCACGCCGCUGUACCGCGCCGACGACCCGGCGCACGUGGAGGCCAUCCACGGCAUCGAGCGCGGCGACGCGCUCCCUGGGCUGCGCCGGCAGGACGAGAUCGCGUCCAUCGCGCAGGAGGUCGGGUUCGAGGUGGUGCAGGAGCUGGACCUGGCGCUGCCGCCGUCGCUGCCCUGGUGGACGCGGCUCAAGAUGGGGCGCCUCGCCUACUGGCGCAACUCGCUGGUGGUGCGCGUGCUCACCCUGCUCCGGAUCGCGCCCAAGGGCGUGGUGGAGGUGCACGAGAUGCUGUACGAGACCGCGCAGUACCUCACGCUCGGCGGCGAGACCGGCAUCUUCUCGCCGAUGCACAUGGUGGUCCUCCGCAAGCCCGCCACCGCCGCCGAAUAGAGCGAGCGAUCAAGCAAGAAGUAAUUUCAAUCAAUUUCUCAUCAGAGGUAAGAAAAACCGGGAGGAGGAAAAACAGAGGCUUAUGUUAGCUAAUGGAGUACUACUAGUGCUAUUGAUUUGGUGUUUGUAGCCGGGAGGAGAGAAUAGGAGCGGCCGAUGAUGCUUACUGUUGGUGGUAGCUUUCGCUUUCGUUUCGAUUUUUGGGUGGAGUUGGACCGCAUGCAGGCUGGGUUCAGAUUUGUUUCUGCUUUGAUCCGUCCGUGCAUAGAUCAUCUUCCUUUUUCUUUCAUGUAUCGUCAGCUAUAUUUUGUCAACUAAAAAUCGGUUGGAUGGAGUAUCUUGUUGCACACUGAAAUUGUGCAGGAAAUCAAUCAGCCUUUUUGGCUGAAUCAA